UGGUUGAAGAAGGUGGGCGGGAAGGCAGGGUGGCGGGCAGUAAGGCAACAGCCAUCAGUGGGUCAAGAAGCAUUAUGUUGCCCUGGGUAGCGUGCCCCCUCCUACUGGCACUGGUGUUGGCCACUCAGCCUCACACCACCCAGCAGCAGCAGCGCGGGGUUGACUAUAGAGAACAAUACACAGUUGACUAUGGUGGCGAGGCAGGAAAAGCGAGGGUGGUGCUGGAUUCUCGCCACCACGUCGCUUACAUCACACCCCCUGCGGCUCGCCACCCCACCACACUCAUCGACUUCAACAAGGGCGUGGUUGUGUACAUGGUGGACGGAGAGUGUCUAGUGGAGACGCAGAGGGUGAGCCAGCGACGGUAUGGCCGGUGGGUGCUGCUGCACGCCAACACCGUGACGCCACCCCCGCCACCACCCAACACCAAGACCCUCUACGUGGCCGACCGCAUCCCCUCCAUCAGGAGUAAAGUGGGAGCGGCGGUAGGGGACCAGCUGGCGGGGUGGUGUGAGGACCGACCAACCUGGUAUCUCACACCCACUCCACCACCAUCACCACCUACUUCCACCCACUACCAGAGUUCCCCCACCCAUCACCUCACACCCCGCCAAAGACACCGCAGAAGCAAGAGGAAUGUGGAUCGACGUCAAGAGUACUCGCGGCUGCCUCAGGACCGUCGAUCUGGUAGGAGUCGUGAUCGAGGACACAGUGGCAUUAGCCAGACACCACAAACCAGGCCCCUGCCGAGACCACACACCCUACCCAGGGUCAGAGCAAGGCCGAGGACGAAGUCUCUCACAGGACCACACACCAGGGUGGUAGCGAGGCCGACGUCUAAGGUUGAAGACCCGCCCUCAGGAGCACCGCCCGUCAUGGAGUUACCAACUGUCGUCACGCAGUCCCUGACAAACACUUCUGGUGAUGAGGAAGCCUCACGUAAGCCGGUGAUCCUGCAGGAGGAGCCAUACUUGUCCCCUACAUUCGUCAGGGCAGAUGAAAAUGGUCAAGGGUUCAGGCACUACCGAGAUUUCUACCAGGAGUCAGGGGAAGAGAGUGGCAGCGAGGAUGAGGCAGCUACAUUAGGCAGGUAUCACACCAGGCCUAGCGUCAGGAGCUUUACCAUCCCAGAGACCAUCGUUAAGGACGGACAGAUCUACUACAGGUACGACGCCGGAGUAGACGCCAGUGGGAGCAUCAAGGGUCAGAGUAAGAGAAGUAACGCGAGAAACGGCGAGUACCCUGAUAACAACGAGGACCAGAGGGCAGCCCUCCACCCUCCCGCAGACGACUUCCCACUCAGUAACGAGCAGAGCGACGCCGCUGACCCCUUGCUCCAGCUGGGAGUCCCACAUGCUGGACAGACACCCGUCACCGAUGGCGACGACUUUUAUCCUGGACCGUCACAGGUACAGACACAGGCACAGAUGGGUAGUGGGGUGCGUGGGGCCGUGGCGGGUGCUGUGAUGAGAUCUGGGCCAGCCACACAGGUGGUGGGCAGCUCUGGCGCCGGAGGGUUCUUUUCUGCCCAGGCUCAGAGCAUGGGUCACUCAGGCGGGAUGAGCCAAACACAAGUGAUGGGCAACAUGCACGGGGUACAGGGGCUGGCCAUGACGCAUAGUAAUGGUCACCAGUCGCAGGCGCACCUUCAGAUGGGUGCUCACUCCUCCUCCAGGGCCGAGGUAUCCACAAACGAGGGUGCUCCCCUGCUUGUUUCCAAUGUUGGUUCCACCCAGCAAGGAGGUAGUGCGGGAGCCCAGGCCCACGGCCCCGCCGCCGCCAACACCCACGCACAGAUGGACUUCACGCCAGAGCAGCACCAACCCGACGGUAGUGGACUGAGGGGUCAGGGUCUGGCUUCUGCUGUGAUGACUCCUUUUGGGGGCUCUGCCUUGGCCUCGCUCGCGGGCGACGUGUCCGGAGGGUCCUUCCUGGGUGUUGCACACUCCAGCAGUGGCUCUCAUCACCUGGCGAAUACCCAACCCUCGCCUCCACCCCACCCCGACCACCACCCACCUCCCCCUCAGGUCUCUGCAGAAGGUUAUACACAAGGAGGGGGUCGAGUGCAGGAUGAGUUUUCAUCAAGAGACUUCUUUCAGCCUGGACUAGGAUCCGAGGGAUUUACUGAAGAUCAAUAUUUACAUGAAGAUUUUACGCCGGGCGAAGUAACCCACGAGUUCCCUUUCCUCAGUGAACAGGUGGGUCCAGAUAGUGGUCAGGAAGAACUGGUGACUGACGACUUGAAUCGUGCAGGUCUCGUCCUGGGAGGAGGGCGUGAGGAUGCGCCACUAGUUGAUCAACCAGUCGCUCCCAGUGCACCUAGUCACUCUUCUAUGACCCAUGACAUGUUAAGCAACAUAAUGGAAACUGUCCACCAGCCUCACAUGGUGCCCGAAGUGGCCGCUUACCCGUCCCAAACCGUCAGUUCCCCUGACAGCAAAUACGUUAUCGACAACGGUGGGAUGACGGGCGGUGCCGGGACGCCGCCCAGGAAGAGCGAGGUGGGCAAAGCACCACUUCACACCCGUCCCCAUAUUGAGGAAGGUGUUGGGGUGUCUGAGGAGUCCACUCAUGGUGGGCAAGUGGGUUUAGCAACCUACUCCCAGGGCCGCUUGGGUCCUGCCCCAAGCCCAGGAGACCUGAUGGGUUCUCUCCCGCACUAUGAUUAUGGUACAUAUGACCACCCCGGUUCUGAAUACUAUGACAGUGAUUACAACCCGCUUACUGGUCAACAGGCGCCUUACUUUGAUCUGGGGCCUCAGAUAUUUAGACUGGAUCCGCUAGAGCUGGAUAAUGACCACCUCCAACCCACCACGACGGCGACGUCGUCUACAGAGUCACCAGAGGAACAUUAUGACGAACAGGAAGGACUGGUGGUGCCUGAUCCACCCAUUGUGGUGCACCAGGUGCAGACCACCACCCCGCACCUCCCCAGCGAGGGUCCUCAGCCUCACAUCACCCCACAACACCUCCCUAUUGAGGAUCCUCACUUCCCUCCUCCUCAGCCUCACAUCACCCCACAACACCUCCCUACUGAGGAUCCUCACUUCCCUCCUCAGGAGGGACCUCACGUUACCCCACCCGAGCUUCACACACCUGUCCCCGAUUCUCUUCCUCGAGUCGAGACGCACAUGCCUGCGACACAUCGUCAGGAGGUCGAAGGUGGCUACGAGAGCCGUGGGUCGGCAUCGCAGCCAGAGUCGAGGCCGUGGAUGAUUGAGGCGGCUGCAGGAAGUGUACAUCAGACGGACGUAGUAGAAGAUAUGACCUCUGUACCCCUAGUGCCGGCCAGUCCAGGCGGUAGUGUGACCCUACCUGGCACUACAGGUGGGCCCAUCGUCAACGUUAUGACCAUGCCCGCCUCACACACAAUAAGAAACUCAUCCCUGCUCGCCCAGCGUCCCGGAACUCCCAUCCACCCCGGGGAAAAAAUCCCAGGCGCACCCGGAUACAGAGUCCCUCCUGGGUUCCGCGGCCAUGUAAUUUUAGGUCAUGAUUUACCAGUAGAAGCGGACUCCCGACGGGUGGUAGAAGGUUUCAACACUCAUGUACGUCUCACCCCACAGGGCUCGCUCUCCAACACUGUAUACGCCUCUGUCGGUGGCCUUGAGGCUUCACAAUCCUUGAGAGAAGAUGAGGCACCAGGGGUACAUGUUACCCUCAGCGGUGGCGGGCAGUCUCAAUCACCCGGCACGCCUUCUGUAGCAACACACUCAUCCCUCACAUCGUCGAUACCGUUAGGGGGCUCCACAGCCAGCAUGCAGACCUCACCGGGUAGGCAACACCGGCCAUCAUCACAAUGGAAAACAUCUAACAUGGGAUCCUCCAACCCCGCCCUCACACACUCGCCAAUGCGCGCACGUCCACGUCCUGAACCUCACCCAGACAUGAUGACCUGGAGCAGCGGAAGAGGAGGAUUAUUGCCUGGGAAGUCGUGGGACGGCGCCGGUAGAGGUAAUGUGGGAACUCCAAGAAAGUCAUGGAGUCAGACGUGGAGCAGCAGCAGCAGUAACAAGUCGUGGGGGAGUGGCGACCAGCGGCAUCCGUCCAUGUGUGUGUAUUUUACCAUCAAUUGUCAGGUGGUGUACAGCCCCUACCAGCAGAGUGAGGUGUGCAAGCCUUCCUACACCACCCAGGAGUGUUGCUGCUGA